AUGCUAGCAGGCGGAAGCAACCAAGAUGCUCCUUCACUCAACGACGUCGGCGACCUGCACGGAGGAUCUGGGUCCCAGCAGCACUCCCCCAGAGCUUCCUCUGCUCUGCCGGGAGAGUCUGCGCAACCUGCAUCGUCCAAGGCAUCGGAAAGAAGCGAUCGAAGUGGUCAGGCGUUCUGGAACCCGUACGUCGACAGCGACAGUGAGAUUGCGAGCACUCACACGCGGUCCGAAUCCAGCGACAUUCCGUCACAGCCACCGCAGCCUUUUUUUUCUCGCCCUGGCAACCUUCCAGAGCAGGCUCCCGCCAGGCCGCCUGGUAUCUGGACGAAGCCGACGCAAAUGGGCUCGCUCGAAGGCGAGCCCAAGCCGUCCAAUGACAAGCCUCCGACAACAGCUCCAUCCCGGCCGCCAGGAGUCUUCCAUGCGCGACCUUCCUCCAGCAGCACAUUCAACUUGAAUGCUCCAGAGUUCGUUCCUCAAGGGCAGGCGGCAAAGAGCGAGCCGCCAGAAGCGAACCAGGACAAAAGAAGCGGCAACAUUCCAUCGCGCUUGCUAACAACCCGGGCGGCGAAGGAUGGGGCUACAUCGCCGGAUGAACUGCCUCAGAGACCAACAGACCUCAGCGCAGAUGCGGAAAGUUCUCAAGGAGACCCUGAGCAGCCUGUCAAAGCUGAGUCGCCGCACCCAACUCCCCUACAGAGCUCAGCGCCGGAAUUUCGAUCGGUGCCUUUGCGCCCACCAGGAGACUUUUCGUCUGGUGCUUCAGAGAAGGCAUUGAGUGGAGGUUACGGCGCGUACAUGCAAGACUUCCAGAGCUUGUCUGUCGGAAGUGCAUCUCAUCCAAACGGAUGCCAGCCGUGCAUCUUUCUCUCCUCCUCUUCGGGGAAAUGCCCCAAAGGUUCAGCUUGUCAAUAUUGCCAUGCACCGCAUGAGGACGUGCGCAAGGCGCGCUUAAAAGCGUUGCCUCUGGACAAGCAGAUGCGCAGCACCCGCUUGCAGUAG